AUGAACGGGUCCCAAAUCAAACAGGCCGCAAUCCAGAAAGCCAAACAAGUCGCCAGCAGUGCUUCCGCCUCUAAUGGCAACUCCAAUAAGAAGCGCAAGAAGGAGCUAAAACCCAUCAUUACAACCGAGGGACAUCAAGAUGCUGAGAUGGCAUCGUCAAACCAACCCAGUGCAGGAUCAACGGGCGCACCAAAUUCUUCAAAACCUACCAUGAACCGCGACCCUUCCUCCUCCUCAUCCACGCGGGAAGACGCCGCAGAGACGACCGCCGACGAAGAAGAUUCUGAAGAUUACUGCAAGGGCGGCUAUCACCCCGUCUCUGUCGGUGAGCAAUUCAAGGAUGGAAAAUACACGGUGGUGCGUAAGCUGGGAUGGGGUCACUUCUCGACCGUGUGGCUCUCUAAAGAUAACGUCACGAAUAAGCACGUUGCGUUGAAGGUUGUACGGUCCGCAGCACAUUACACAGAAACGGCCGUAGACGAAAUCAAGCUGCUGAACAAGAUCGUGGCUGCAAAGCCAGAUCAUCCGGGCCGGAAACACGUUGUCAGUCUCCUCGAUUCGUUUGAGCAUAAGGGUCCCAAUGGCACACACGUGUGCAUGGUGUUUGAGGUUUUGGGCGAAAAUCUGCUGGGCUUGAUCAAGCGCUGGAACCACCGUGGUAUACCGAUGCCGCUAGUCAAGCAAAUCACGAAGCAAGUCCUCCUCGGCCUAGACUACCUACACAGAGAGUGCGGUAUUAUACAUACAGAUUUGAAGCCAGAGAACGUUUUGAUAGAAAUCGGGGAUGUGGAGCAGAUUGUCAAGACCUUUGUGAAGGAAGAGCCUAAGAAGGACGAAAAGGAAGACAACCGGAAUGGACGAAGAAGACGUCGGACCUUGAUUACAGGCAGUCAACCAUUACCCAGUCCUCUCAACGCCAGUUUCAACCAGGCGGAUUUGCUGAGAUUUCCUGGUAGCACGCCAAGUUCUCACACGAGUCUGAACCAAAUGAUGCAUGAAGGUAAUGAAUCUCCCGUCAAAGACACAAGCAACGCUUCUAUGAGUCCCGUUGUAAUGAGUGGUGCAAUAGGAGGUUCGAAAGACGCAUCGCCCAAAACCGACAAGGAAGACGAGGACCAACAUAAACAGCGGGAAAAGACUGCUGACCUUUUGACCCGGGAAGUUUCUGGCAUCUCCCUCGACAAAUCGAGCGAAAAGAAGAAAGCUGAAGAUGCUAUUGCGGGGGAUAUCAUAUCGGUUAAGAUUGCAGAUUUGGGGAACGCGUGUUGGACAGGUCAUCAUUUCACGAAUGACAUCCAGACAAGGCAAUAUAGAUCACCUGAAGUUAUUUUGGGUGCAAAAUGGGGAGCUAGCACGGAUGUAUGGAGUAUGGCUGCUAUGGUCUUUGAAUUAAUAACUGGCGACUACCUCUUCGAUCCCCAAUCGGGCACAAAAUACGGCAAAGAUGACGACCACAUCGCACAAAUCAUCGAGCUCCUCGGCCCCUUCCCCAAAACUCUCUGUCUCUCGGGGAAAUGGAGCUCAGAAAUCUUCAACCGCAAAGGUGAACUCCGCAAUAUCCACCGACUGCGCCACUGGGCCUUGCCCGAUGUAUUGAAGGAAAAGUACCACUUCAAGGAGGACGAGGCGAGAAAGAUUGCGGAGUUCCUGGUACCGAUGCUAGAGCUGACGCCCGAAAAACGGGCGAAUGCUGGGGGAAUGGCUGGAUGUGCGUGGUUGGAGGAUACGCCGAGGGAGUGGUGGGGACGCGGAUUGAGGGUUUGGAGGUAG